AUGGCUAAGGCCACUUCUUACAUUGCUCUCACUUAUCUUCUUGCAUCUGCAUUAUUAACUACGGUGACGCUUGAGAAUCGUCAAUGUGUACAAGGCAUGGAUUGCACCGACGUUUGUUCACACGGUGGUCUCUGCACCGAAAAUGGUAAGUGUGUUUGUUGGUCGCCAAACGCAGUGAUCAACAGCGGACCGCCGUGCUGGUCAGACGAAAUGUGCUUUAGUACAUGCGGUGGAAAUGGUGGUUAUUGUAACUAUGAUAUUGGAGGAUGUUACUGCCAAUGAUAUCUUAGGAAGCUAGUGUUAUUUUCUUUUCGGAUGAAUAGAAUAGUUGUAGACUUGUAAUCGACUAGUUUAUGCCUCACAUAUUAAAUACAUAAAUAAGUGCUUCUCGUUGACAUAAUGUAAGUGUUUCUGGUCGAUUCCACAUUUAGACCGAAACUUGUGUUUUCUUCCAAUAGUUUGCUCAU